AUGGCCUCGCAAGUGGCUGUGGGCCCGGCGCCAGCCUGCGGGCUGGUGCGGCCGUCGCCGCGCGUUCCGGCGCGGCCCCACGUCGCGUCCUUUAGGCCCGUGGCCGCCCCGGCCGCUCCCAAGCACGCGCUGCAGCGCCACGCGCCGCGGCCUUGUCCCCGCAGAGUGACAAUGACGGCAGUGUCCUCGGGCAGCGAGCAGACCGACGAUGCGGUGCUCAGCGAGUACAGGGAGGAGCGAUCGCCCACGACCGAGGCGGCGCAGCAGUGCAAGCGCCUGCAGGCGCUGUGCGAGAUCCGGAAAAUAUUCACCGGGCUCCUGCGGGCCGAGAUGCUCCUCGCCCUGCCCUCCCCGCUCCUGCCCGCCCUCCAGCAAGACAAGGUGCAAGAAAUGACCGAGGAGGAGCAGGAGGCCUUCGAGCGGGAGCGCGUGGAGACGGCGCUGGCCGACGUCGUCGAGAUGAAGGUCCUCUCGAACGACUUGAAGCGCUUUUUGAAGGGCCCCUGGAAGGAGGGCGCCCCGCUCGCGUUCGAGGACAGCGACAAGGCCGUCCCCCGCGUGGAAGCCCGGACCAAGGAGCUCGCGGACCUCCUGCGCAAGCGCGCCGGGAAGGAGGUCGACGCGACCCCGCUCCUCCCGCCGCGCCUCGUGUCGAAGAUGGCCAAGCUGCGCACGACGGACGCGUCCAAGGUGCCCAGGGACGAGCUGGAGGGGGCACUGGCAGCACCGGCGCGCGGCCAGGGCGCCAUGCGCCGCCUCGAGGCCGCCGAGCGCGAGGUCGAGAGGUUCGUCGGCGAAGUCGUCCGGCCUGCGAUAGGGAAGGCCGCGGAGGAGCCCAAGGAGUCCCUGUCGUCGGUGGCGGAGUACGUGUCGGGCGUGUGGACGCGGCUGAACGGCGGCGGGCGCGCACAGACGACCGCCGUGCACCUGGUCGACCUCCCGCGCCUGCGCGCCGCGGCCCGCGAGAGCGUCCCCGAGCGGCGCGGGCGGCUGGCGCUCGCGGUGGACCACCUGGACCGGCGGCUGCAGGAGGCGAGCAAGGAGCGGGAGGCGAAGGUGCGCCGCGGGUCGACGGCGGUGCGGGCGCGCAUGGCCGGGGAGCUCAAGCAGCUCGACCGCCGCGUGGACAUCCUGUCGCGGGCGCUCGCGGUGCGCACGCUGCAGCUCGAGCUCGACCACAUCUACAGUUCGCUGGAGGACGAGGGUCUGGACCUCGAGAGCCUGUGGCAGGCGGCGCGGCGGCAGCGGGGUCCGCGGCGCAAGUUCUCGGAGAGCGAGGAGUUCGCGCUGCUGGUGGCCGAGUUCGUGCAGCACGCCGAGGCAGUCGCGUCGAUGCGCGACCUACUGAUGCGCGGCGAGGUGUCGCUGGUCGACGAGGAGGUGCUGAUGAAGAUGACGGUCGAGGUGCCGGACCUGCGCGAGCGGCUCGGCAUCCCAGACGCGGCGGUGUUUGGCGGCCAGGGCAUCUCCGUGACCAAGAUCAAGCUCAAGGUCGAGGAGUCGACGGGGAAGGUGGCGGAGGGCGGGCUGUUCCUGCUGCGGGGCGUGCGGAUGCUCGGGUCGGACGUGGGGUCCGCGGGCAAGCUGUUCGCGAGGGCGGCGACGGGCACGUCGCUCAAGCCGCGCGAGGUGGCGGCCCUCCGCCGCACGGCGCAGGACCUGCUGGUGUUCAUUCCGUUCGCCAUCAUCCUGAUCGCGCCGCUCACGCCGGUGGGGCACGUCCUGAUCUUCGGGUUCCUCCAGCGGUACUUCCCGGGCUUCUUCCCCUCCCAGUUCACCCAGCGGCGGCAGGAGGUGAUGAUCAAGUACGAGGAGCUCAAGCGGCAGCUCGAGGAGGCGCAGCAGCAGCUGAUCGACGAAAACGAGAAGAUGGAGCUCAGCGCCGCGGAGGCCGCGCUCAAGCGCCUCGUGCCGUACAUGGCGAGCGCGGGGGGCGCCGAGGACGGGCUGGACACGCCGGCGUCGCGCACGGUGCGCUCGCUUGAGACCAUGGUGCAGCGCGCGGCGGACGCGAGCUACGGAACCGUGAGUGACGACGAGGAGGACGACGAGAAGGAGAGGCAAAUGGAGGCGAGGGGGCAGAGGGAGAAGAAGUGA